GCUUUGAAUUGCUAGACUUUUGAGCUUUAGCGAAAAGUCGAGAAAGCAAAAUCCAGAGGCGGGGAACCGAAGAAGCCAACGGAUCCGCCAUGACUGCUCGUAAGAGAACUUCAGUGACUAAUUCGGAAAAACCGCCACCGGCGCCGGCGGAGCGUAAGACUAUUGCUUCCGGAGAUGAUUUCCGUCUCGCACCGCCGAAAUUGGGCGUGAUUCUCGUGAUCUCUUUGCUUCUGUGUUCGCUCUACCUCUAUCUUCUCUGUUUUCAUUACAAUGUUGAUAAUGAGCUCAAGCGACCGAUCCUCAUCAACGCUGGGCUUAGCUUGGUGGGGUUCUUUGUUACACUCAAAUUGAUACCUGUGGCUGCUACAUAUGUCCUGAGGCGUAACAUGUUUGGUUUUGAUAUCAACAAAAGAGGCACUCCUCAAGGAGAAGUUAAAGUGCCUGAGUCAUUGGGAAUAGUUGUCGGUAUUGUCUUCUUGGUCGUGGCGAUAAUAUUUCAGUUCUUUAAUUUCACAGAAGAUUCCUUGUGGCUUGUGGAGUACAAUGCAGCACUGGCAUCUAUUUGCUUCAUGAUUUUGCUUGGAUUUGUAGAUGACGUCCUUGAUGUGCCUUGGAGAGUGAAACUUCUCCUGCCAUCUUUUGCAACCCUUCCACUUCUGAUGGCUUAUGCUGGACAUACAACUAUCGUUAUACCAAAACCUCUGGUUUCUUAUGUUGGCUUGGAGAUACUUGAUCUAGGACGGAUAUAUAAGUUAUAUAUGGCGCUACUGGCUGUCUUUUGCACAAAUUCUAUAAACAUUCACGCUGGUCUGAAUGGCCUUGAAAUCGGUCAAACAGUAGUUAUUGCAGCAGCUAUUUUGAUACACAACGUUAUGCAAAUCGGAGCAUCUGUUGAUACUGAGCUUCGUCAAGCUCAUGCCUUCUCCAUAUAUCUUACUCAGCCAUUGAUGGCAACAUCCUUGGCAAUGCUUGCUUACAAUUGGUACCCUUCUACAGUUUUUGUUGGAGACACUUACACAGUCUUCGCCGGAAUGACAAUGGCAGUUGUUGGCAUUCUGGGUCACUUCAGUGAAACCCUCCUAAUCUUUUUUCUUCCUCAAGUGUUGAACUUUCUGUUGUCGCUUCCGCAGCUUGCUGGCAUUGUAAAAUGUCCACGACAUCGCCUCCCAAAGUUUGAUCCUGCUACCGGAUUAUUAACGGGAACCAAAGAUGGGACACUCAUUAACGUCUACUUGAGAAUUUUUGGUAGGAAAUCAGAAAAGUAUCUUUGUAUCCAUCUUCUUGUUUUCCAGGCACUAGCUUGCGCCUUCUGUUUCCUGCUGCGGCAUUUUCUUGCUGGUUGGUACAAAUGAAGACUCUUUUAACGGUUCCUCGUUUCCCCCUCUCUCUCUCUCUCUCUCUGCCUUCACAAAUCACAGAUACAGAACUUAGUUUUGUUUCAUGUCCAAUCUAUUAGCAACGUUGUUUUAGUUCGCUUACAAAGAGAGUUUCCAUCCUUAAACGAGAUCAAGGCGAGUGAAUUUCAACAAUAUCAAGAUUACAUAUUGUAGCAUAUUUUUCAUCUAAUUUAUAGAGCGACUGAAUCAUCUGUCUUGAAA